AUGGAAAUUGAAUGUGACUUUUAUUAUCUGGUUCCUCGUCUUUCCUACAGCCUGACUGCAGUAAUGGACCACGAAAAAACUAUUUGGAUAAAAGAGGAAACAAGUGAGAUAUCAGGUUCACCAGGUUCCAUUGUCCAGGUAUACCCCUGUAGUGUGAAAAUAAAGGAAGAACCACAGGAGACUGGGAAUCAAGAGUUACUUCAAGAUCCAUUAAAAAUUGAGGCUCCAUUUUACAACACAAAGGAAGAUCCAGGACUGAAAUUGAAUGUGAGUCUCUCUGAACAUAGUUAUCUGGAAGACCCAUUUAUAGCCUCGGGGUCCACUGAUCAUAUUAAGGAGGAUUCAGUACUAAAUUUAGGAGCAGAAGAAAUUGAGACUUUUGUGAAAUUAAAAUGGAUUGACAUAGGUGGAAAUUCAGUUACCGAAGGAGAGUGGAUGAUGUGA